AUGGUUCAUUUUAUAAAUUUUCCGCGAUUUUUCGAUGAAAAAGAGAAAUUUGAUCCUAGUACAUUUCGCGACGCUAUAAUUACCGGUCUAAACGAAUGCGAAUCUGACUUUGAUCAGGUGGAACGUUUUCUGGAUGGUGCUGGCGGCAAAUUAGACUAUCGACGAUAUGCAGAAACACUUUUUGAUAUCUUAUUUGCUGGUGGUGUUCUAGCGCCCGGUGGUACACUACAAGAUGAAGGGGAUAAAUCGAAAGGUUCGAUCUAUACAAACAUUUGUGUAUUCGAAGCUGAAGAAAGCCAUGAAGGAUUAAGAGCUUUCCUCCAGAUAUUCAACAAGUUAUUAAGACGUUACUUAUACCUAAAGAAGAGUCUGGAAGAAGAGACUACCAAAGUUAUUGGUUUUAUCAAGAAUUUUACUGAACCGCAACGAAAAAAAUUAGCCAUCAUAACAGGACACCUUCUAGCUAAUGGGAUAGUAACACCGAGUGUUUUUACUAGCUUAUUUACCAAUGAUAUUCUUGUUCGAGAUGGCCUAUCGUUGGAAUUUGCAACGUUAAUGUUUACUUCAUGGCUAAAAGAAAGAGACAUAUCUAAUAUCAGUUCGGCAUUAAAAAAAUCACACCAAGAUAGUAAAUUGCUUGAGUUAUUUCCGUUCAACAAACGAUCAAUGGAGCAUUUCGAAGGAUACUUUAAUGGAGUCGGACUCGAACAACUUGUUGAUUUUGAACGCCAUCGUCAAAUUGCGGUAUCAAAGAAGAAGUUGCAAAAGAAUUUACAAGAACAAAUGGAAAGUGGGUCAAAUGUUAAAGAAAUGAUAGCGAACACUAAAGAAGAUAUGAAAUCAUACUCUCUUAAAGAACACAAUGUUGUUGUUAUCAUCUGGGAUACAGUUAUGGGAGCUAUGGAAUGGAGUAAAAAAGAAGAUUUGAUUGCUGAGCAAUCUUUGCGACAUUUGAGACCUUACACACCGUUAUUCGAAGCAUUUUCUACGAAGGGAAGAUCAGAGUUAACGCUUAUUGUCCGCGUUCAGGACUUUUGUUAUGAUAACAUGAACUUCCUUAAAGUUUUUCAUAAAAUCGUGCUGCGUUUCUAUAAAGCUGAUGUUCUAAGUGAAGAUACCAUUUUAAAAUGGUAUAACGAAGCGCAUUCACCGAAAGGGAAAAGUGUGUUCUUACAACAGAUGAAAGAUAUGGUUGAAUGGUUAAAAAAUGCUGAAGAAGAAUCAGAUUCCGAAGAUGAAGAGAAUUAA